GGGGAGCACUUGAAGGCAGCACACAGACUACUGCAGCCGCCAACGGUGCUGCUGUCUUGACUAUGGUAGACUGAAGACGGAUGGUCAGGGCCGUCCUCGUCUAACCUGAUCAUGCAAGUGUAACUUGAUUCAUGCUCGUUUGCAGUGCUGAACCAGGUUACACGAUUAUUUAGCCGCAGCUAGUCAUAAAGCGCUUGUUCUGACCAUGGAGGACGACUGUGUUUGCGAGUACGACUCGACCUGGGACACCGAGAGUGAUGGAGACGACCCGGCCGGAGAGAGCCAGACCCGCCGGUCAAGUCAAGACAAAAACAAAUCCGGCUGGUCUUUAGCUUGGCAUCACACCCCCCGAAACAUGAGAGCAGCAAAAGACAUGCAGAACUACAGAAGAGGAUAUCCUAAUCUUACAGAUGAGGAGUGCUCAGAAGACAAAAUGAACAAUUUGCAGUUUUAUCUCAAUAAAUUCCCCUCUGCUCCUGAUGAUGUCUACAUUGAAUCAUUUCAUAAGGAAUGGAAAAAUGACUACAAAAGACUGGAGAGAGUUCACUCCUACAUUCAGUGGCUGUUUCCACUGCGAGAGCCGGGGGUCAAUUACAUGGCUUCAGAACUCACCAAGAAGGAAAUUGAGGCGUUCAAGAAGAAUGAGGAUGCUAAAAAGAGACUAGUGGAGUCCUAUGAACUCAUGUUAGGCUUCUAUGGUAUGCGUUUGGUCAACAAAGAGACGGGUGAAGUGAAACGAGCAGAUAAUUGGAAGGAGCGAUUUGGAAACCUGGAGCGGAAUAUGCACAACAACCUGCGCAUCACUCGCAUCCUGAAGAGCCUCGGGGAGCUGGGCUUUGAACACUACCAGGCCCCACUUGUGCGCUUCUUUCUGGAAGAGACCUUAGUCAAAAAGACCCUUAGCAGUGUUAAACGCAGCGUGCUGGACUACUUCCUGUUUGCUGUUUUGGACAAGCAGAAGCGUCAGGAGCUUGUGCGCUUCGCCUACCUUCACUUUGAGCCAAAGGAUAAGUUUGUGUGGUGUCCCAGAAAGAUUCAGAAACAAUUCAGGAAGGCAGAGAAGCGAUCUGAUGCUGUAGGGAACGGAGAUGGAAAAGAUGAAGCUUAUUCAUGGAGUAAAAGCAAAGAUGGAGAAGCAGUUGUGCAGCAAAAAGAGGACGGACUGGAUAACAACACAAAGACUCAGAAAGGAACUGAUAAAACGACAAGUAAGGAUAAAAAUAAACUCUCUGAGGCAUCCCCGGAGUCAAAACCGGAAACUGAGACUGUUGGAAAUGGAAACGCUGAGGCUGAGUCUAAUAAUGAAAUUUUGGGGAAUGGAAAUGACUCGACAGAUGACGUUGAUGAAAUGGAUCAGUCAUCCAGUCCUGAGUCAGGGACAGAAAAAGCUGAGCCCUGUGUGAACAGUGAGGACACAUUAACCAACGAGUCGAAGGACGCCAUCCAGGAACCAGACAACAAUAUGCAAACAGAGGGAGACACAGACACUGAAAAACCUCCGAAGAAGAAGAGAGAAGAUAACAAGGUGCUGCCAAGCAACGGCUCUGCUGGGGACGCCGCCAGUGGGCCGAUGGAGGAGAAAACUGGUGUUAAUAAAGCUACCGGUCAAAUGAGCCCAUCGGCACAAACCCCCCAUAAGACUUCAAAACAUUCACCUUCUCUUUCUUCUGGAAGAGAGGAAAAAAUCCCAAGGACUGAUUUUAAUCAAGUGCCAGAUAAAAAGGAAGAAGAAGAAACGCCGCAGGCAAAUGUUUCUGCUACAAAUGGGUCAGUGACGAGCACCGAUAAAGGUGCUGAUGAACAGACGAACGGGAAGGAGGCGGAGGAUAUUGAUAUGGAAUCAAACCCUUCAAGCUCAGACCAAAAUGUGAGCAGUUCAUGAAUAAACUGGAUGAUUGGAGAAAAUACAUUAAGAUGAGCUUAAAUGAAAUGUAAUAUAGGGACAGAGUAUGAGUUAAAAAGACUUCCUGGGCCUUAUUUCUACUAUAUUUGAUGUUUAGAUAUUGAUUCUUUUCAUUAUGAAGGAGUAUAUGAAUUCAUUAAUUUGCUAAAUGUGGGAUUGGUUGUGACUCAGUUUCCACAUGGCUAUCAGACAAUAUUAAAGGAGGAGGCUGGUGAUAUUCUAUAUUUUUGGUGUUGUCAGCAAGUCCCAUGAAAAUGUCAAACUAGCAGGAGACUCAACACACUGCACUGACAGUAAACAUGUUAGAAUAAUUGGAAUUAGCCCUCUAGAGUCACCAAAAAACCAACAGUGCAUUACUCCAUUUCUAAAUACUUUGUGACUACCUUAUCUUCUCUUACCCCAUUUCCAACAACAUGGAAUCGGGCCUAUUCUAAUUAGCGCACCCAAUUUUAAACCAUUUAGAGCAGUUUGAUCCCCCAAAAAACAGUUUGGAACUUGUAAAGUUGGUUUCAUGCUGGAACAAAAAAAUAGCAAGUGCGAACCUAAGUGGCAAUGCCAUAUUCUACAGGUUGGAAAUAGAGGAUGGAGUCUUGCAUGUAAUAGUCUUGUACAUCUUCCUAUCAAUAAUAGUUGGUUCAUUCUUGUUUUUUUGAUAAAAAGAAAUACUUGGAAUAAUUGAAAAAAAAGCACCAAGGUUCCAAGAAUCCUGAUUGUAAAUGUUCAAAUACCAGGGCUAAUUUGGUGAAAAAGGGUUAUUAGUGACUCGCUGUUCCAAGCACUUGAAACCUUAAAAAUCGACCAUAUAUAUGUAUUUAUUUAUAUUUAAAAGCCUAAAUAAUUUCACUGCGGAUAGCUUUUUUUUUUUUUUUUUUCAAAUGUGAUUGUGUUUUUGUUGGGGGCUAUUCAGGGUUUUGGGAGUAUUUACAGCAGCAGGAUAUUGCAUGUGGUAUUGACUGAGAAUGAACUGUUGUGCCCCUGUUCAUUCUAAUGAAGGAACAUGUGAGUCGGUGCAAGUGUGGCUCAUUGAUGUGUUUUUAAUAGUUUUUGGGCAACAAUGAGAGAAUAUUGACAAAGGCAUAAGCUACUGUAUGUGAGGCUUUGAAUACACAGAUAAAUUGUUUUUCUUUGGUCUGUUCAUGGGAUUUGUCAACAAUAAGAAAAAUAUUGAAUAUUACCAGACUUGUCCUUUUGAAGUAGUAAUGACUAAGGCUGAUAUUUAAUAUCUCUACAGAAUACAUAAAGCACUAUUAUUAAUGUAUAUCAAUGAAAUGAUGUUUUCAGCAUUUUUAAUUUUUAACACCUUAAUACUUUCACAAUUGAACAAUUGUUUUGCACUGAAAAAUAAUUAAUUUUUUCUUCUCUUUGGGCUGUUUUUGUGUGAGUAAAAAUAAUCUGUACUGGUUUGUGUUUCUGCUGGACCCCACUGUUCAAAUAGAUUUGAAGACUGAAUGUCACUUAAGUUUCAAUAAUGUUGCACAAUCUGUAUUUUUAUAUGCAGAUUUGGGAAGCGGAAGUUGAACAAUUGAGAGCCUUGCCAAAAAAUGUGAUAAAGACUGGUUGAUUGUACAAUAUGUAUGUCUUCUCGGCAGAACUGAUAAAGCUUUGGCUAUAAUUUAAAGUCCGCUGUAUGUUUAUCUGAUAUGAGUGAAAAUUUGCAAGCCAGGUUAAGUAUAUUGAUGCAUCUUUUUAUAUUUGCACUUCAUUUUCACUAUUAAUUAUUGAAGUUAUGGUAUUUACAAAUGAACUGGUAAUAACUACAAAAGUGCUGAAUUGUUUCUAUAUGACUUUUUUUCCCUCCCAAACUAAAUCCCUGGCUGUUGACAAAGCAGAAUAAAGUUAUACUAUUUUUUGAAGCUUUUAUGAAAUUAAUCUGUGCUUAGCAAAAGUCUGAGUCCUGUUAUAGUUUAUUUAAUUGCAAUUCUCAGGAUAACACUGUGGUAGAUGUCAGCUAAGCUCCUAUUACUGAGCCUCUUUCCAAGUGCAGCAGCAUAUUGUCAGAAAUAUCCGUUUUCCCCAGAAAACAGACCACGUCUUAGUGAGGCUGCAUGACUCACAACAGAGGGAAGAAGAAAGAUGUUGAAUUUAGAGAUCGAUGCAGCACAACUUGUUCGGAUCAGUGUUGAGUUGAGGGUGUGAGGAAGGACAGUAAAAAAUACAUACCUACUGUUAGAGUUUGAGCUUGCUGUUUGUUGCAUUGUCCAUGCCAACCUCUAUCUAUAGCUCUACCUGUUUGGAAUAUCAUAAAUAAACUUUUAACACUUUUUGUUGACUUAUUUUAAGGUUAGAUUAAG